AGUUACCCUUGAAUCUCCCUUCGUUUUCUUCCACAAAAUGUAAACAGUGGUGGCCUCGGUGUGCACGCCUGUUCCCUCCUGCAUCCUGUGGCCCCUGGAGAGGUAAUGCCUCACCCCAGCUACAGGAUAGGUGUAUGGCAUCAUUGAAUGACAGGGAAGCCAGGACUAUCAGAUCUUCGUGGUGAAAGGGAGGCUGCCUUGAUGGUGUGUAAUGGUGCAGCCGGCAUCCCUCAGCAAUGUCUGGCAGCAUGCAGCAGGUGGACCAGUGCCUCCCCAGGGAUGGCAUGUGUCAGGUGGAGUUUAUCAUUGUAGAGGAUGGGGAGGAUGUGGAGGAGGACGUGUUGUUCAUCAGUGUGGGUCACACAUCAGUGGCCUCACAGACUGACUCUGCUUAUUUUGACGCCUUGCAACCAAACAUUCCUGGCGUGCCUAUAUUCUACUGUGGACAGCCAUCACCAGGCACUGCCACCACACAGUGCCUCAUUCCCCACCUGACAGAUGCCUGUGUUGGCACUGCCUCCACACAGUAUCUCAUGCCUCACCUGACAGAUGCCUGCAUUGGCACUGACACUCCAGGGACCUGCUUUGUUCAGAGCCGAGGAACAUGUCCACCACACAAGCCAGCCACCUCCUCCACUGGUGUUGCUCUUAAGACAGCAAAUGUGAAGGUGAAAAUAAAUGAGGCAACACCAGACACACUGAGUAGAAGAGCAGUGCCACCCACAGCUGCAGCAAGGACCAAGACUGCUACACACACCUUUCCUGCCUCUACUCAGAAGAUGAGAGGCAGAAAGAGAAAGGUUUUAUCUGGCAGAGGAGAAAAGAAAAAUUCCACUAAACACAUUCCAGCAGGAUCAUCCAAGACCUCAGGGAAGCGGAGGAGGAGAAAAAAACAAGAUGAUGAUUAUGAGUAUGAUUUAGGUGACAGUGAAGGGGAUGCUGACCAAGUGCUGAGAGAUGAGUAUGAUGACAUAGAUGAGGAAUGGAGGGCAGAAAAGGAGUUGAAGGGUGAUGGCAGCGAGACAGACGGAGAUGAGAAGGAAAUGCUCAGGGAUAAAAAGUUAGACUGGAAGGCCACAAAAGAUGAGUGUGGUGAGGAAGCAGACUACAAAACACUGAUGGACAAGGUGACUAAUUAUGGUGAAACUAGUGAGGAAUAUGAUGAUGAGGAGGAUGACGAUGAUGAUGGUUAUGAGGAGUAUGACAACAAAUAUGACAUUGAGAAGAGUAACAGAGUGAUAAAAGCAGGGAUAAAAGACCUUGACUCUGAAAGCAGUACUUCCAGGCAGCAAAGAAAACACUCUGAAAAGGCAAAACAAAGGUAUCACCAAGAGAAAGUAGUGAAAGAGGAUGGGAGGGUAGUGUACCAGUGUCUAAAAUGCAGCGAAGAGUUUGAAUUACGGGUCCAUCUCAAAAAACAUCGGAAAGUGCACGCUGCAAAGGUGAGAAUAUAUGAGUGCAGUUAUUGUGACAAGGUGUUCACUGAGGCUCGCAGGUAUUACUCACACCUGGCCUUGCAUAACCGCCACUUUGAGUGUCAGGUGUGCCAGCGACAGUUUUCACUUCUUGGCAACCUGAAAAAACAUCUUGCCACUCACGAGGAUGCUCCAGACCAGGUGUGCGAGGUGUGCGGCCAUCAGUUCUCAACUCCUGACCAGCUGCAGCACCAUCACCAGACACAACACCAGGAUGACAGUGUUCGGGAAUAUAAGAUGGAGUGUGAGCAUUGUGGAAAGAAGUACGUACGUGAGGAAGCAUACAAGCAACACACAAGUGGUGCACCAUACAAAUGCUCUCUGUGUGAAGUGUCUCUAGGCUGUGAAACCAAACUCAAGACUCACGUGAGAACACAACACGGUCAGUGUGUGUGUGAAUUCUGUGGAAAGUCUUUCAAAAAGAACUCCCUCAUCCACCACAUCAAGAUAGUGCACCGUGAGGCCUGUGUCCCAUGUCCACACUGCCCCAAGAAGUUCACCUACCGCUCCAAGAUGCUCGCCCACCUUGAUGCCAACCACUCACAGGAGAAAAAGUAUAAGUGUGGCAUUUGUGGUUACACAGCACGCACAGUCAACACCCUCAACCUGCAUCGUCGCCGCCGCCACCAGGACCCAGCCUUGUCCCCGCAGUACAGUUGCAAGCUGUGCACACGGAAAUUUCACCUGCCAUCCAAGCUGGCCCUGCACUACCGUGUGCACACCGGGGAGAAGCCCUACCAGUGCCAGUCCUGUGGCAAGGCCUUCGCUACCAAGUACAACAGAGCGGAGCAUGAGCGCUGUGUACAUGGGGAGCGCAUGCUGCUGCACCACCCUGACGGCUCCUCCUCCGUGCAGAUCAUUAAACACCGACGGGCGCCUCGAGCACCAGGCCGCCGCUGCGAGCUGUGUGGCCUCGACCUGCCCACCUCUUGGGCUAUGGUGACUCACAUGAAGGAGCAGCACAAUGCACAGACCCUGCCCAAUGCACCUCCUGAGGAAGAUGUGGCAGUGGCAGCCUUGGAGGCUCAGGAGGGUGAGAUGGGGACUGUGAUGGGGGAGUAUGAGGUGAGUGGUGAGCCAGUGAAGUGUGAGUCAGUGAUGGACAGUGGGGAGCAAGAUCUGUUGUUGGCAGCAACCCCUGGAGUGGUGAGCAUCCCAGAGUACGCCACACAUGUAGAGAUUGAUGGUGUGGAGUACCAGGUCCUGCGGCAAUAAAGUGAAGCACCUAAGGCUUGUUGAGUGUUAGAAAGAUCUGCUAUCUGUACCUUCAUAAUCUUUUGCAUGCUUGCUGCUGAUGCAUUGGAAUUAACUCCAGAACCUAAUAAAGGUGACACAUUAAAUUAAUUUUACAUUAA